AAUUAAUAAACCUCUGCACGAGUUCUCUGCACACAUAAAAUAAAGGUGAGAACUUUUUCAUGUAGAUCUAUGUAGGAUCUAUAUAUACAAUCUAAUAUUCAUGGGGAUCUCUGUGGAGUUGUGGAGAGCUCGUAUUGGGCUGUUCAGUGGUAGGAGGGGAUCGCGACCACACAGUAAAGCUCCCUCGACAAAACACCAGCCUCUACACUUCAGUGAUAGAGUGGGUACUACUGCGAAAGUGGUUCAAGGAGGAUUGCUUUUAUUGUAUAUUCUCACAUUUCUGACCUCUCAAGAUAAAAAUAAUAGAAUCUACAUACAAGAAAUGUUGGUGUCCUGGUGAUAUUGAUUGCUGUGUUGCUCCACUGUCUUGCCCACCUCUUGCAUGCUGUUAGCUGGAGACGUUGAGAGCAAUCAUGGGCCUCGAAUGGGAUCAUCUGCUCAAUCAGUGAGUCUUCAAGGGCUAUUGGACAAAUAUCAACUCACUACUUCUCAAGUCAACCGUGAAAUCCAACAAAUUGACAUACCAUAUUUGGCUCUCCACUUUGAUAAUGUUAAGCUUUAUGUUGAUGCAAUGGAAUUAACCCCUGGCCAGCAAAAUGAUGUCCAGAAAAGUGCUGAUACUCAUGAGGCCAUGAUAAAGUGCCUGAAAAUCUGGAAAGGAAAUAAUCCUGCACAAGCGACAUUCAGGACCCUUUUGGAGAUGUUGGUAAAACUAAUGAAGGGAGAAAUUGCUGGUCAGGUCUGUCAGUACUUGAAAGAGGGUGUACUCAGGAAGCACUCUCCUCUGCCAAGUGGUUGCAAGACUCACUAGAAAGGAGUGACACACACCAACCUGGCCACCCAGUUGAGCUAGCAGAUGAUGGAGACGUCUCUUCUGGAGAUGAGUCGUUUCAUUCUGCCACUGAUAAUCGUGACAUUUUUGUAUGUCCUUACUGCAAAGAGUGUUCUCCACAACAAUUCUUCUCUAAAGAAGGUUGC